ACCGUCGCCCAGGUUGUGUCGAAAGCAUCCUGGUGUUAGCAGUUAGCUUGCUGUUGAUAAAAAUGUCUACAAGGCAUUAUAGAAAUAUUUUGUAAAUGGGUUCAUUAUUACCCUGGCUUCAGAGGAGGGGAGGACGAUAAGGAACCACACAGACUGGUCUUUUUCAACAUGGUCUGAGUGCUGAUAUCUGGAGAAGCUAGCUUAAAAAGCUAACCAAACAUUAGCGCUAGCUACGUUCAAACUUUGACGAGCAACAGCAGAAAUUUACUCGAUAGCUGCUUGUUGCAGAUUUACUACUGCCAUUCUAGCUCGCAGUUCAGUGUGUGUUGCUAUUGUAACAACUGAGCUAAUAUACCAGCAUUUUGUGCUUUCGUUAAUGAGCUGUUUUUUUUUUUGUUUGGACGUACAUAUAAAAGUCGCGUUAGCGUUAUUACAGAGUAACGAUAGCUGAAUUAUGAAUGAGAACUGGUUAGCAGGGAAUGCUAGCGCUAGCCAUUUAAACUUCACUAACAGUCACACUUAUUCAAAUUAGAAUAAGUCUUAGCUCUCUGUUCUCUCAUCGUAAAACAAAGCAAACUGCAGAUACUAAACAGAUGUUUAAGACCCAGACGUCCGUGUUUCCCGUUUGAUUUGGGCAAAUCUCUCGAGAUAAACGAUGAGAAACAGCAGGAUGUCAAACGCAUGGGGAUUAAGGAAAAGGCAACAGUAUUGUCUAGAAAACACAGCUGUCUGCUCAUUUCGAUAAUCCCUGUACCCUCUAUAUUACAGAUGCUGUAGACGUUAUAUCUGAGCUUGUAGGGUAUUAGCUUUUAUUUACAAAUACAUUUGAACAUUUAAUUGGUUUAUUUAAGUCAGAAAAAAGACUGUAUAGUCUGAUUUUAUUAAAGUUAUGGCUGGGGACGCCUCUGAUAGUAGUGAUGAUUCCGAUGCCAAAACAAAUGAAAAGGCCUGCACCGUCAAGCAUCAGAUCACCAAUGCUAACCUCACAGGUCACACUGAGAAAGUCGGCAUGGAGAACUUCGAGCUGCUCAAAGUCUUGGGCACUGGAGCUUAUGGAAAAGUGUUUUUGGUCCGGAAGAACACAGGCCAUGAUGCAGGACAGCUUUACGCUAUGAAGGUGUUAAAGAAAGCAGCCAUUGUUCAAAAGGCAAAGACCACAGAACACACUCGCACUGAGAGGCAAGUGCUGGAGCAUAUCCGCCAGUCUCCCUUCCUGGUCACGCUGCACUAUGCCUUCCAGACGCAGAGCAAACUUCAUCUCAUCCUGGACUAUGUGAGUGGCGGGGAGAUGUUCACUCAUUUGUACCAGCGGGAUCACUUCUCUGAGGAGGCGGUGAGGAUUUAUAUUGGAGAAAUAAUCCUGGCUCUGGAGCACCUGCACAAGCUUGGGAUUGUGUAUCGAGACAUCAAAUUGGAGAACAUUCUUCUCGAUAGUGAAGGCCAUGUAGUGCUGACAGAUUUUGGACUGAGCAAGGAGUUCCUGGAAGAAGAGAAAGAAAGGACAUACUCUUUUUGUGGCACCAUUGAGUACAUGGCUCCUGAGAUCAUCAGGGGGAAAUCGGGACAUGGCAAGUCUGUAGACUGGUGGAGUCUUGGGAUCCUGAUGUUUGAGCUGCUGACAGGAGCGUCUCCCUUUACCCUGGAGGGAGAGAGGAACUCUCAGAGUGAGGUGUCAAAACGUAUUUUGCGCUGUGAUCCACCGUUCCCCUCAAUGAUCGGACCCACUGCUCAGGACCUGCUGAGGAAGUUGUUGGUUAAAGAUCCCCACAGGAGGCUGGGUUCAGGACCCCGAGGGGCUGAAGAAAUUAAAGCACAUUCCUUCUUUAAGGGCCUGAACUGGACUGACCUUGCUCAGAAGAAAGUAUCAAGUCCGUUCAAGCCAGAGCUGAAGAGUGAACUUGAUGUGGGGAACUUUGCAGAAGAGUUCACAGGGAUGGAUCCUGUUUACUCUCCGGCGAGCACGCCCCCAAGCACUGACCGCCUGUUUCAGGGUUACUCCUUCAUCGCUCCCUCUAUCCUGUUCAAUAAGAAUGCAGUCAUGGGAGACAUUGUCCAGUCUCAGGUCGGUGCUGACCGACCAGGUUCAGCUUCUGUUCAACGCAGUGCUAUGCUACAGGAAUCACAGUUUUUCCUGCACUAUGAGCUGUGUCUACAAGGGCCACCCCUGGGUGAGGGCAGUUUCUCUGUGUGCAGAAAAUGCCGACACAAGCAGACAGACCAUGAGUAUGCUGUCAAGAUCGUCAGCCGCAGAAUGGAGGCAAACACUCAGAGGGAGAUCGCUGCCUUGAGGCAAUGUGAAUCCCACCCAAACAUUGUCAAGCUGCAUGAAGUCUACACUGAUCAGUACCACACCUAUUUAGUGAUGGAACUCCUGAAAGGAGGGGAGCUGCUGGAAAGGAUCAAGAGAAAGAAACUGUUUGGUGAGGCAGAGGCCAGUCAGCUGUUACAGAGCCUGGUCUCUGCUGUCAGCUUCAUGCACGAGAACGGAGUCGUACACAGGGAUCUCAAACCAGAGAAUGUGCUGUUUUCGGAUGAGGGGGAGGACUCGGUGCUGAAAGUAAUAGAUUUUGGAUUUGCCCGACUGUGCCCUGCAGGCAGCGCCCCCCUGCAGACUCCCUGCUUCACACUGCAGUACGCUGCACCUGAACUCUUUGAAAGCGCCGGAUACGAUAAAGCCUGUGACCUCUGGAGCCUGGGAGUCAUUCUGUACACCAUGCUGUCAGGCCAGGUGCCGUUUCAGAGUGAGCAGCGGGGGAUGACCUCAUCGUAUGCUGCUGACAUCAUGCAAAAAAUAAAGGAGGGCGAUUUCUCAUUGGAUGGGGAGGCAUGGAAAGGUGUAUCAGAGGACGCCAAAGAGCUUGUUAAAGGCCUGCUAACGGUGGAUCCAGAGAGGCGUCUCAAACUGUCAGAUCUGAAAGAGAACAGCUGGCUGCAGGGUGGAGCCUCCAUGUCCACCACUCCUCUGUGCACACCUGAUGUCCUUGAGUCCAGUGGGCCUACUGUUCGUACCUACGUCAACGCCACCUACAAGGCUUUCAAUCGUGGAAAAAGAGAAGGCUUCUUUCUGAAAAGUGUUGACAACGCUCCCCUUGCAAAACGUCGAAAGCUGAAGAUGACGAGCACAGGAGUGGAGACACGAUGGAGCUCAUCCUCCUCCUCCUCUUCUUCCUCCACGUCCUCCUCCGCCUCUGCAAAAGCAUCCAAAGGGCAGCCAAAGCAAACCGUGAGCCCAAAGCAGAGCUAGCCUGAAUGGCAGGGGAGAAAAUGAAGUGGUUUGUGUUUCUCCUGGCAACACGAUGUCCUCCAGUGAUAAGGUCAAUGGCUCCAAAAAACACCUACUGAAAAGCCAAAAGACUGGUUCAACUUUGUAUUAUGUUUUCAACGCAACUUUUUAACAGCCAAGCAGCCUCAUUCAUCAUGUCAAAUUCUCCCCAAACGAAACAUGUAUUUUUAAUAAGAAGAUGGUGGAGGUUUAGUUUAGUAUCUUUUCAGUGUACAGAAAUCUGUGGCCUUGACUAAAAUUAAUACUCACUCAGUAUUCAUUCACCAUAAUAUGGUGACUCCACACACUUAAAGUCAAAAAUGAGUCAUUUACCUAUGUUCACUGUGGGUAAAAAGAGUGCCUGGAUUUAUAGGGAUAAAGGGAAAAAGGAGCCAUAAAUGAGCAGAAGCCAUAUACACAGCAAAGCAGUGCAUAUAUCAAAAUUGAGCCACACAGCAAAUGAGUAGUCCUUCAAAGGACCAACAGGAUUAACCCUUUACAUGUAAUGACUUAUUUUUCAAGCUGCCAAAUGUAAAAUGAUUGGCAAAUAAGACAAAAGUUUAGGCACUACUGCCCUGUAGAAAUUGCAGUGUUGUGGAAACUUGUAUAUUUUGCUUUUCUCAGUGUAAAAAAAAUCUGCUGUUUGCACUAUUGGCAGAGAAUGUAAAUGAUCAAAAGGUUAAAAAAGGUAGAUAGCUGGAAGGACUUGGUGCUGAGGGAAAUGACUGUGAUGUGUGAAAACCCCUGAGACGGCAAACGAUGGAAACUGCAGAAGUCGAUGUACAGUUUGACCUGACUUCACACGGCACUGAUGUCUCAUAGACACUACCAGCUCUGCAGAUAUUAUAUAAGAGAAUAUGGAGAGCAUUUCCAAAGCAACAGCUCUAAUGUGGGGGUAUUCUGAGAAAAAAGUUUGACUUGAAGCAGCCUCAGUGCUACACUAGUCUUUAGAAACAGAGGAGAUAUAAACAAAAGAGUUUCUCUUUCCUUCGUGUUAAUGCUGUAAAUUAUUGCAUUAUUGAGCAGGUCUGAAAAUCUAUAGCAUGUUUAUAUGCUUUGGUGUUUUAAAAAAUAUUUUGGUAUCUUUGGGCUCAUUAUGUAAAAGUCUGCAAGAAUGUUUUUAUGCCACCAUGCUUCAUGAUGGAGCAGAAUCCAUUUUGGUGAUUUUGCGUGCUCAUUGUGAAAAUUAAAGGGUUAUACAGCUUCCUGCUGCCCCAACAGACCAGCGCCAUGUGCGGCUAUCACAACAACAAUCACAUUAAACAGUGAAAUACUCCUUCCCCUCAGUUCAGUUCAGUUUGUCACAGAUGAGGAUGAAAUUAUUAGCCCCUCUAUGAAAAAAGAACCAAAAACUGCCCUGGUGUUUUUUUUUUUGUUUUUUUUUGUGAGUGUGAAAAAAUUUUGUUUCUCUGUUGAAAGUACAAUAAUGAAAGCAUCCAAAAUAAACAAGGAUGUUUGGAAAUGAAGUGUUAGAAAGUCCUUGCUCUGUUUAACAGCACUUGGGAAAUACUUUUAAACGUAAAAUUUCAUAUGGAAUAAUACUAAAAUAAUUUAGUCCUCAUCUGUAUAACCUGAGCUCAUUUAAUGGUGUUUUACAGAUGUGAUUUUAAAAUAUUUUAUUGCAUUGAGUUAAAAUAAUGUAAGAAAAUGAGAAACCUAAUAAGGACUUUAACAUGGCUCUGAUGGCAUCAUACUGCAGAGCUGGUGUGUACACUCAUCUUUGAUUAAGAGCAAAAAAAAGAUGUAAUGAACUUUAAUUUGACAACAGUUUAAUGGUUUAUUAGUCUCCUGAUGUAAUUACGUUUUUAUUGGACUUUUCUUUUUCUACAUGUUGCACAGUCAGUUGAUCAGUUAAACACAUUUCAGCUUUAAAGGUGCUUUCUCUGAUAUUUAUUACAUGUAAUUGAUUGUAAUGCAGUGGUAAUGGGAUUGAUGAUUGAAAUUGGAUCUCGUUGUGUUGUUGUGUUUUUAUGUUUGUGUGUAUGAGAGAGAAACGAGCGAGCAUGACUGGUGGAGGGAGGUUUUGUUGUACCGAUAUCUCUGUACCAGAUGAAGCAUUUUUGCAAGUUACUGUAUUUUCUUCUUCUUGUUGUUUGGCGCCUUUGUCUUUAAAAAAAAGUCAACUGGUUGUUUGUGUUUGACAUUUUUACUUCAGAACCUGUGCUUUUAUUGGUGUUUAAACUCUUUGUUGUAGUAAAUGAUGUUUUUUUCUUUUCUUUUUCCCUUUUUUGAGCAUUAUUAUUUUACUGAGAUGCACUGUCACUGAUGUCGUAUCUGGGAAUUUAUCUUUUGCACCAAGAUUUUUGGGUUGGUGCAAAAUAAAAUGACUUUUAAAUA